CCCACCGCUCCGCCCGACCAAACCACGAUUUUAUAUUUUCCCAUCGAACGUAUCUUGAGUGACAUCCUACUUUUCGGAAGAGAACGUCCUCGUAUCGCGAUAUUGCAUCUGGUCGUGCGGAGGCGUGUCGACGGCGGCCGCUCGUUGUCCUGCGCCGUGAGCUCUGAUCGAAACCAAUAUGGCAGGAGGCAGGCCCGAGGCCCGCGCGCCUGGCCUCUGACCCGACUGUUUUGUUCGCGGCAUGUGUUUCGUUAUAUAAAUGUUACGCAAAUUGAGGACGGAGUGGCCACGAGAAGGUGCAUCUGUUGAACGAACUCACGCUGGUGCUGUGUACCGCGGAGCCCAUGUAACCAGGAUCUGCCUCUAACAUGAACUACAGUGGCGGGAUGUCUGGCGUGGGCGACGCGGACUCCGUGUCCCGGCGGUUGCGCGAGGCCGAGCGCGCGCGCGCUGACGCUGAGCGCGCGCACGCCGACGCGCUCGCGCACCUCCGCAACGCGCAAAGGAACCCGCUCGACGCGCACAACGUAGAAACCCUACAGUCCAGGGUUAGAGAGCUGGAGAAAAAGGCGGCAUUAGAAACAGUGCGCUGCGAGGAACUGCAGCUAGAGCUAUCAGCAUCUUUACGAGCAAGAGGUGCCAACACCGGCACCACGUGGUCAACUACGCCAGCACCCGCGUCCGAGAUCGAACGCAUCAUGGCCAAAAUCGAACAGGACAACCGCAUCCUCGCAGAGCUUGAACAUACUAGAUCGACCACGCACGGCAUGCAACCAAGUGGAUCUAAUCAGGCCCUAGGAGAAUUCCAUUCGCCAGCACCAUCGCCGCUACCACAUUCGUACACGAGUACGUUGGGCCAUGUAGCCAUUUGCCAGAGCAACACCAUGCCCACUCUAUCCUCACUUCACGCCACUGGCCAGUUCACCGCUCCCAGCUCCAACUCCGUUGCUUAUUCCAUGAGCGCACACAAUCCAACGUCUUACUCUAAUCCAGUCUCAGCGUAUUCCACCAACUCUUACGGAUUGUCCAAUACACAUCAAGUGACGUUCACCAACCCUGUAACAGCUCCUUUGGUCAACAACAUUGGACAGAUAUCCAGCACCUUAGCAGGACUGCAGAGCAACCUUCAAAAUCUCACCGGAAAUGUAUCAGCCAUGAGUUUGGGAGGCGUUUUGACUGGCCCUACUUACACAGGAACAAUGGCAGGCAGCGGGUUAACGAGCUGCUUGAACAACGUUCAAACCAGUUUACCAAGUGGAAUUUCAAAUACGCUUGGAGGAUUACAAUCUUACACCAGCGGGCUAGGCAACGCUCUUACAAAUCUAACGAGUUUAACUGGAACAAAUCCCUAUGGGACUACGGGAACUUAUACGAAUCCGCUGCUGUCAAGCGGCUUAGGAACAAAUCCUAUGAAUAUCAAACUAAAACCUUUAGAUGAUAUUGAUAUCGGUUUAGGUAGAUAUGGAACUACCACAUCGGGAGUGGGCAGAGUAGCUACUCCUGUAACGCCGCACCAAGCGUCAUGGAGCUUAGGAUUAGAUAGCCAAUUUGGAACUGAUAGACUAGGAGGCUUAGAUUCAGGAUUUGGCAGCCAUGAUCGGAACCCACGAGCUUUGUCAAGGAUUAUGCCUGAUAUGGACGCUCAAUUGCGUGGAACAACGCAUUACAUGAACGGAGGUGCACCUUCUGAUGGUGUAGUGCCUCCCACAGUAGACAUGUUAGAUAUACCGGGUAAAGGUCGCUGCUGUGUUUACAUUGCCCGUUUCUCUUACGACCCCCCAGAUAUCGAAAGUGCGGAAGGAGAGCUAUCAAUUUGCGCUGGCGAUUAUUUAUUGGUUUGGGGUCCACCAGACUCAAACGCGGCAAUGCUAGAUGCUGAAUUGUUAGACGGACGCAGAGGUCUAGUACCUGCUAACUUUGUACAGAGACUGGUUGGAGACGACCUCUUGGAAUUUCACCAGGCGGUUGUACAAACAUUAAGGGAAGACGAGGCUAACACUACAGCCAUUAGUGAUAUAUCGAUCAGUCGCGACGUCGCCCGGCUUAGCGAAGUAGCCGACAUCAGUGAGGGGCCUGAAGAUGACGACAAUGUGCCUGCGCCGAGACAGCUGACACUGGAGAGACAGCUCAACAAGUCCGUUCUGAUUGGCUGGACGGCCCCCGAAGGAGUCAUGCAAGCCAACAUCGAUAGCUACCACGUUUACGUCGACGGCGUUCUCAAGACUACCGUCAAGGCCUCUGAACGCACUCGUGCGUUAGUCGAAGGCGUCGAUGCCAAUCGGCCUCAUCGCAUCAGCGUUCGUUCAGUGACUGUAACUCGGCGAACAUCGCGUGACGCAGCUUGCACUAUGGUAAUUGGCAGGGACACAGCCAAUAUGGGCCCGACUUGCGUUCGAGCUAGUGGUGUAACUUGCUCUCAAGCAGUAAUUUCCUGGCUGCCAGCCAAUUCAAACCAUCAGCACGUCGUUUGCGUUAACAAUGUUGAAGUACGAACUGUGAAGCCAGGUGUAUAUCGCCAUACUAUCACAGGGCUUUCGCCGAGCACUCAGUAUCGUGUGACUGUGAGAGCAAAACAUCUGCGGGCUGGACCUCCAUCGGGGAUACCCACUGAAGAAGCCCCAGGAGCCUACACCGAUUUCAGAACUUUGCCCAAAGGCCUACCAGACCCACCGAAUGAAAUUAUGGUGGAAGCGGGGCCGCAAGACGGGACACUCCUCGUCACAUGGCAACCAGUGCUUCGCCCUCCGGCUUCUGGCCCUGUCACUGGAUACGCCGUUUAUGCGGAUGGGAAGAAGGUGACAGAUGUCGACUCUCCUACUGGCGAUCACGCUCUCAUCGAUAUCGGGAAGCUGAUCGGCCUCAAUCCGAAAUGUGUCACAGUUCGUACAAAGUCCCGUGACAGUCAGUCGAGUGACAGUGCACCAACACCGAUUCCACCGGCUGUUCUUCGUGGUGUUGCUGCAAGGCUGCCUCGUGGUCCAGGGCCGGGGCCAGGGCCGGGGCCUAAUCAACCAGUUCCAGGCUACCGAGGCCCUCAUCAAAGACCAAUGCCUUAUCAACAACAUCAACAAGUUAUUGAGCACGACGAAAAUCUUUCUGAUAAGGAAAUAUUCCCAACAAGCAACCGCCAUGACCAACACGCUGCUCAGCCUACGAGUGGAUUCGGCACAGGCCUCCUAAAGAGUAUAUUCGACAAAAUAACCCCUUCGCAGCAACCGUCCCAACCAGCGCAAGCGUCGCAGCAGCAAUCGGGUCAGCAGUACCCGAAUACACAAACCUACCAUGGCACGCAGCAACCCCCAUAUCAACCAGCCGGCCAGUUCCCAAGUAACCAGCAGCCCCCGUACCCCGGCCCGCCGCAGCAAUACCAGAACCCACCACCAAGGAACCACCAAGAGCGGGGCCGCCCUCCUAACCCUCAUCAGCAACAGGGUCAGCAGGGCAGCCUACCUCAAUACGGUCCACGAGGAGGUCCGCAACCAGGGCUUCGAGGCCCUGUCCCCGGCGCUCGUCACCAACAGCAGGGCCACACCCAGUCGAAGAGGAGCCGCUUCUUCAUUGCACUGUUCGACUACGAUCCGCAGACUAUGAGCCCAAACCCUGAAAGUUGUGAUGAAGAGUUACCGUUUAGUGAAGGGGAUACUAUCAAGGUUUGGGGAGACAAAGAUGCGGAUGGUUUUUACUGGGGCGAAUGCCGGGGUCGUCGGGGAUACGUCCCUCACAACAUGGUGGUGGAAGUGUCGGAGCAGGAGGUUACGGGGCAAGCAGCUGCCAAGCCGAGGGACCGGUGGACGGACGCAUAUGCCAAUCAACCGGUUCGAAGGAUGGUGGCUCUAUAUGAUUAUGACCCACAAGAACUGAGUCCAAAUGUGGAUGCUGACGCGGAGUUAAGUUUCCAGACGGGUCAGAUCAUCCACGUUUAUGGCGAAAUGGACGACGACGGCUUCUACAUGGCGGAGAUCGACGGCGUGAGGGGACUUGUACCCAGCAAUUUCCUCGCUGACGCCAGUGAUCAGUACGCACCCGCGCCUGGUGGUCCAGGAGCAGUAGGAAGAGCAGGGGUUGUAGGUGCUGCGGGAAUUACCGCGGGGCGCGGGCGGGGCGGCGUAAUCGGCGUACCGCCUGGACCAGGCGCGCGCGGCCCACCACCGCCUCCCCGCGACAACGUGGCUCCAGCACCUCGGAACCAACAUCGAAAAACAGAUGCCUGCCCUCUUCCCCCUUCUCAGUUAGACCACAACACAAGCGCCAGUAACCAAGAACAGGCGAAUUCUCAGGCGAGGGCGAGAGGCGCGAUCGUUCAGCCGGCGAGCACGAUCGCGCGCACGAGCGCUGGUAACACGGGCACGCCCACCGUACAAUCCCCCGCCGGCAGCGGCGGCGUCGCGGGCACGCAGGCCACGCUGACACUCGGCAGCUCCAGCAUCGCUAGCACGUCGCCUUCAGGCGCGCGUCGCGCCGGACCCGCCGUCAUCCCCGCCCCCACCGCGCAACCGCUGCAAACAGCCGCCGCCACCGCGCCACAACAGCAGCCACCAACAUCACAGCCCAACCUCAUGCAGAAAUUCACCGAGAUGACAGCUCCAGGCGGUGAUAUUUUAAGCAAAGGCAAGGAGCUCAUCUUCAUGAAAUUCGGCCUUGGCGGCAAAUAAUGGCGGCGCCGCGGGCUUCUUGGCCCCCCCUCCGCUCCGCCGUUACGCCUGAGCCUCCUUCUCCGACACCCGGGUUCUACUGCGGCUGGUUUUGGUCCACGCGACUCGAAACGGAACUCUAUAUUGUGUGCGGAGUUUUUCUACUGUAGGCCAUUCGUUUUAAUCGCGAGCGAACUAUAGGCGAUGUUGUAUAUAAACAUUCAAUAAACGCACAGUUUAGUGAAUAUUGGAAUGUUAGUGCUGUCUCGAUAGUAACCACCUCACGGUUGAAGUCACCUGAAGUUAGUCGUGUAUCUGUUUCCUUUCAACUUUGCCCGUCUGGUAGUUUUAGUACCGAGUGAUUUGUUUUAACAUUAAUCGACUGGAAAUACGUUUUUAUGUAUCUAUUUAAAUUAAGAAGAGAAAUAUAUGAAGUUGUCUAGUUGUUACUGUACAAUUCUUGUGGCAUAGAAUUGUUGUGAAUUUCUACAAUACGUUUUUGAUCGCUAGUUGGAAGACGAGAUGUCUCUCCUUUAUAUUAUAUAUGUACCUUCUUAACCCUACAUAGUAACUUACAAAUCACAUUAAAUCUAAAUGUUUUAUAGACACAUUUAAACUCUACUUCGCGAAGAGCUAUGGCGAUAAGUUUUGUUUGACCAAGAACUCACAUAUAUCGGUUUUUUGUUUCAAGAACCUACGUUUUUAACAUUAAUGU